ACACCUGCAAUAGUAAAUUCUAAGACCCAAAACCCAAAACACACCGUAAAAAUCACUACCACCACCAUGAAAGAACACGCCGCCACCACAACCAUCCCCACCGCCAAUGGCUGCCGGAGAAACAAAAACUGCGUAUGCAAAACCUGCAUUUCCAGUAUCAUUUCAACCCUGGAUCUUCUCCCCACUUUCACCGCCCAAAAACCCUCUCUCAUCAAAAUCAAAUCCUUAUCUUCAAAUUCAAAUUCUCCCCCUGAAACCCCCAAAUUCUUUACUUCAUCAAAUGUCUCCACUCCCGAUUCAACAAAUUCCAAGAAUCACCAUCAUCGUUUAAGGAUCAAGAAACUGAAAAAAACAGAGCUUUUAUCUUUCUUGAAAAUGCUGGUGAAAUGUGCUUUGAUUAUGAUGUUGGUUUUGAUUCUAAGACCUGGGUCUUUGUUUAAUAUGAUGGAAAUUAAGGUUUCUGAUGAAAAGGUAACAAAUUUAAGUGAGAAAUCAAGAUUAGGGUUUGCUGAUUUGAAAGAUAAAUUUGGGGUUUUAAGGAAUGCAUUGAAAGAAGUUGUUGGUGAUGAUGAUCAUGGUUUGGUUACUAAUCCCACUUGUCAUAUAAUUCAGGAUGGUUUGAUAUUAAGAUCUAGUUGUCAAUUGUAUCAAUCUGGGUCUGAAGAAGUGAGUGUUUGGGGAUGGCCUUAUCAGACUACUGGUUUGGUUAAAACUGAAUUUGAUUCAAGAUCAUUCACUGUCUUGUCAGGAAGAGUUACUGAGUGGUCUAAUGGCGUGUUGAGUUGUUUGAUUAGACAAGCAAAUACUUCAUGGGAACAAGGAAAGUGGAUUACAUAUGUGUGGCGUUUGGAUGAAAAUACUUGGAUCCUUGAGUACAAAAGAAGCUUUUUGUUUGACAAUACGCAUCCGUUUUCAUCAGCAAUGGAGUUUUUGAAAUACAAGAUGAUGAGAGCGUUACAAUGGAUGAAGAAGUUGUGGAACUUGUCCGAUGGCAUUCCGUUAGCUCCCACAUGAGAAAGAUUUAGUUUGAUUGUGUUCUCGUAUAUUCUCGUUUUCCAUUAGCAGUUAGUACUAACUCUCGGCAAAUACUUUUGAUAUGGCACGUAAAUGAUGAUUGUGGCUGCAUUGUACAAAUAUAUACCUUCUUAGAAUGCAUAUAAGAGGCUUGACUAUGCUUGGCUGAAUACACAACUGUGCGUUGAUUAAAAUUCUUCCAUCCUGUAAUUGUAUUGACACAUGCAGAUCAAUUAGUAACCCAUGUUGUGUAUAAAUUUCAUUCCUAUCUUGCACAAGCA